CCCGUCAUAUCGUUCGCCUCGCUCCCAUUGGCCGACGCGACUCACCCGACACAGCUUGUGGCUGUUUUCUGCAGAGGAAGCCUGUCUCUGGUAUGAGGUCUGCGCUCAGGAAUGAAAUAGCAGCUUUUUUUCUGCCUCUCUCUCUCCCUCCCAAAACGAUGAUGUGACCUAACUACGUGAUAACUGUCUGAGCAGUAAGAGAGCAGCACAACUCACAGCUUCAUCAUUGUCGAGGUGCGAAUGAACAUAGUCGGUUGUCGCUAGAUCAUACACUUAGAACGUCUGGACAUCCAAGCACUCUAAGUGCCAAAUGCCAAGACUAGAAGAACACUGUUGGGGUCGCUCCUGUGCAUCUAGGGUGGAAUCUAAGACUUUUUCUGGGGGAAACUGGGUCGCAUCGAGAGCUGAAGAAAUGAUGUCCAUUGUCACAACAGUGCUCAGCAAUGCAUAUGGCUCGCUGCAAAGUGUGCGAGCAGCACACUUGAUCAGGCGGGGUCUCGUCCUUUUCACCGUGGGAGUAGUUCUUGCGUUGGUGCUCAACUUGCUGCAGUUACGAAGAAAUGUGACUUUGUUUCCCGAAGAGGUGAUGGCAACUUUGUUUUCAUCAGCGUGGUGGAUACCCCCUUGCUGCGGCACGGCAGCGGCUGUUGUUGGCCUGCUAUACCCCUGCAUCGACAGCCAUCUAGGAGAGCCCCACAAGUUCAAGAGGGAAUGGGCUAGUGUCAUGAGAUGCAUUGCAGUGUUCGUUGGCAUCAACCAUGCCAGUGCUAAACUACACUUUGCCAAUAAUGCCCAGCUGUCCCUGACCCUGGCUGCCCUGUCCCUGGGACUGUGGUGGAUGUUUGAUCGCUCGAGGAGUGGCUUCGGCCUGGGCAUCGGGACGGCAUUCCUUGCCACCGUUAUCACACAGCUGCUGGUCUACAACGGCGUCUAUCAAUACACGUAUCCAGACUUUCUUUAUGUGCGCUCUUGGCUUCCAUGCAUAUUCUUCUCAGGAGGAGUGACUGUGGGGAACAUAGGACGCCAGCUAGCCAUGGGUGGUGUCGAGAAACUCCACAACGACUGAACAGAGAUCAGCUGAAGAGGGGAAAGAAGGAAGACUGACAAUAUGGAGAACAGGCGUAACGGAACCGAGUCUGGCAUCAUGGGGAGAGACAGUUUGACAGAAAAGAGAGAAUUAUUCAUUUUUUUACCACUUUUCUGUGUGUUAUAACAAAGAGCUAGCCAGAACUCUUGACCUAAUGUGCCAUGACGUCUGCACCUCUUGGUGGCCAAAAUAACUUACAGUAUUAGGCUAGCAGUUGCCGCUAUGCUGUCUCUAUUAGGAUCCAUAUAGCAUUAUUCCAGAAGAUAGUCGCAAAGCUAUCCCUGUUUGGUUCCAAAUAAAAUUGUGCUAGCAGUUAGCUGCUAGGCUAUACCUGUUUGGGUCCAUAUAGCAUUAGGCUAUAUGGCCACUAGCUCCUCCCUCACUAUGGCAGGACAGUAUUUGCCCUUCAAAUUCUUCGAAAUGAAAAGUUAACUUGUUUCAGUUUUACAGUGUAAGUGUAACUAUUAGCUUUUUGCAGGUGCGUGUGGAUUUGUGCAGGUCUGUUAUGGCUGAGUACAAAAUGACCAUAAUAGGGAAACUUUUAGAGCUGUGCAAUAAUGUCUGACACUCACAGAGACGGCGACCAACAGUAUGUCACCGAUGACAUGUAUUGUGUUCCCAAUAUUGUAUUUAACCAAGAAAAAUAUUUAUCUGAGAAAUUAGAAUGCCAACCCCUAUAACUCCAAACCAAAUAUACAUGAAAUCACAGAUGAUGCGACCAUGUUUUGAAAGAAUGUACCAUGAUACUACACUAAGCAUAUUCAUGGUUUCAGUGAAAUCAGUAAUGUUAACAAAAAGGCACCUGAAUGUAAUCGGGUGUGAAAGCUCACCUCUUGGCUGACUUUGUGGAUAUGGUGUGCAACCUGGAGGUGUGACCUAUGACCCCUCAAAUGAAUGGCUGAUUUCCAAUUUAGAAUUUUCCAGACUUGGCAUUAAAGUUUAUGAUCAUACAUUAAGAGAAGGAGACAGGACAUUUUUACUAUGGCCUGCGGAUUUGCAAUCUGUGAUUGCCUUUGUAUUAUAGAAUUGAGUGCUUUUGUCACUACUAUACCAGUUCAAUUUUAUUGUACAUAAUUAUAUAUUGCUUACAUGUAUAGUCACUUCCCUAUAUAAUCAGACAGGUAUUACCACACUAUACUAAUUCAGUUCAAUAGUUGGGGUGCUAAAGGAAUAAAAGUGCAAUCACAUAUACCUGAGCUGACUAUUCUUCUUAUUUAUUAUUUCUGACAAUAGUUAAGAGGUGAGACUCCAUGGAAUCAUAUGCAGUGUGGAUAUAAAAAAGGAGCAUCAAAUAAGCAAUAACAGCAGCUUUUGUAAAAACAAAAAUUGUCUAAGAUUACUUGCAUUCUUCGACUGUAUACCAAUGACUAUUCUCUCCAUGAGGAGAAGAAAAAAAAACAUUGUGUCAAACUGUUUCUCCUAGUAGUUAAAACAUUAUUAAAUGGGAAUACAGAUUAUAUAUAUUUUUUAUUUUGUUAUGUAUAGAUCACAGCGGGAUUGGUUGGUACGCCUGGUUCGGUGUGAAUCUUUGCUCAAUUUCAGGUGUUUGUCCCAAAUGACACCCUAUUCUCUAUAUAGUGGACUACUUUUGACUGGGGGCCCUGGUCAAAAGUAGUGCACUAUAUAGGGAAUAGGGUUCCAUUUAGGAUGCAAUCCAGGUGUGCUGCUGGGAGAAAAGGAAGCUUUUAUUAUUGGGGUGUUUAAAACACCUAUUAUUUCAAUGUGUAGAGAGUGUGAGUGUGUUUUCAGCUGUGUAUCAUUUUUAUUACCUUGAAUCCAAGUGGAAAAUAAAAAGGAACUCCUAAUGA